CCUAACCACAAACCAUGCAGCACAGCAACUCUUCCAACAGCUCAACCCCUCUCUCACCUGAAACGCUGGCCGCCAGUAGUGUACUGGGGCUGUGCUUUGCGCUAGGGGUCCCUGGAAAUAUUGCAGUACUGGUGCUUCUUUCUGGAUGGCUAAAGGGAGGCAGUUUCACUCCAAGGCUGAUGCUGAGCCUGGCCAUAUCAGAUCUAAUGACGCUACUUCCACUGCCGGUGUGGAUCUACGCUCUUCUUCAUGACUGGGUCUUUGGUUUGGGCUUGUGUAAGUUCUUCUCCUACGUGGUCUACUGGAGCCUCUACAGCAGCGUGCUGUGUGUGACUUUACUGAGUGUGCAGAGAUACAUUCAAGUACUGCAUCCUCAGAAAUGGGCUAAGAUCGGAGCAAGAGGACAGAAUGGUCUUGUGAGUGGAAUAUGGAUUCUGAGUGGAGUAUUCGCUUGUUACUCUCUCGUUCAGCGGCAUGUAAAGUUGGAGAAGGAUGGACGGCUGCACUGCAGGGCACAAUAUUACAAUAAUUCAGAGAGGGUGGCUACUUUGAUCUUGGAGACCGUAGUGAUGUUUGCUGUGCCGUUCCCCCUUCUGGUUUAUUUCUAUGUCCUUCUUCACCGUGGUGUCAGUCAAUCAUCUUUCUUUAAUGCUCGCAGGAUGACGAGGCUGGUGAGCAGAAUUGUGGCAACAUUCUUCUUUUUUUGGGUCCCAAUUCAUGUCAACAACAUCAUGCUCAUCGUUGCUGUUUUACUCAGCCAUGAUCAGCUGUUAAGGUUUGCAGAAGCUGGAAGCAACAUUGCUGGGGCUCUGACUUUCAUCAACAGCUGUGUGAACCCCUUCAUAUAUGCCUUCUCUGCUGAGGCAAUAAGACAGCAUGCAACUAGUACAGAAAGUGCUUAGGUCAUUCAUAGUGAAGGAGUAUCUCAGCUAGUGAUGGGUUCAUGUCAAAGUAUCUGCAGCUGACAUUAAACAAACAAUGCUAUUUUUAUUUGCAGCGUUUUGUAAAAAUACAAGG